GCAAGUCGGCCCUGGGCACGUCGCCGCCACGCGCGCGCUCGCACGCAGGGUGCGUGGUGACGUUACGGCGACGCGGGCGCCAUCCCGGAAGCGCGAGCAAGGCCGCCAGAUGUGCAGGCAGCGGAGGAGGAGGAAGAGAUGGACCCCCCGGACUCGGCCUCGAGGGUCUUCUGUAGCCGCAUCCUGAGCAUGGUGAAUGCGGACGAUGUCAGCGCCAUCAUUCUGGCCCAGAAGAACAUGCUGGACCGCUUUGAAAAGACCAACGAGAUGCUGCUCAACUUCAACAACCUGUCAAGUGCCCGCCUGCAGCAGAUGAACGAGCGCUUCCUGCACCACACAAGGACCCUGGUGGAGAUGAAGCGGGACUUGGACAGCAUCUUCCGCAGGAUCAGGACACUGAAAGGGAAGCUGGCCAGACAGCACCCGGAGGCCUUCAGCCACAUCCCAGAGGCAUCUCUCUUGGAGGACGAAGAUGAAGACCCCAUUCCGCCUAGCACCACCACCACCAUCGCCACCUCAGAACAGAGCACAGGCUCCUGUGACACCAGCCCCGACACCGUCUCGCCCUCCCUCAGCCCUGGCUUCGAGGACCUGUCCCACGUCCGGUCUAGUUCCCCUGCCAUCAACGGUCGCAGCCAUACAGAUGAUGAGGAGAUUCCGGGCGAGUAGCCCCGCUCCCAGGAGCUCCGAGGGGGUCUCAGGGCGGCAGCAGCGUCAUUCCCCAGAUGUCUCAAGUGGCAGCGGAGAACCCUGCCUGGAGAUACUCAGCUUUGCCACCCUAGUCUGUCAUUUAGGGCUCGCCAAGGGGACAAGGCUCCCUCCCUAGAAUUCCUGGGGGUAUUUCAUUCCUGCUCCUUCGUCACUGAGAACAUCUCUCUUCUGUAGAUCCCUCUAUCAGACUGGGGAUGACCAGUCCAUCUGGAGUUGGGCUGGGCACAGGGAGCUUUUCCAGAGUCAGGCCUUAGGUCUACUCUGAACAACACUCCAAGCUUCCCAGAGACCAGAGCCAGCUGCCCCCCGCCCCAGCCCCCUGGUCAGAACCCCCUCAAGACAGCCAAACACCGUCACGUCCGAGUCCACCCAGCCCACCCCUGCGCCUACUGAUUCUGGUCUUCUUGCCCCUUCCUCCAAUGAAAGUACUGAAUCCUUUCUCCAAUCAUUAUCUCAAGGAGGUUUCUGAAACAGUUGUAGAAGGCUCAAGACAGAGAUUAGUCAUCCACUCAGCCCCAAGCCUGGUCGGGCCCUGUUUCUCUGACCAGAGGUGUAGACCUCUAGGGCCUAACAAGCCUCUCCUAGGGCCUUUGUGGAGCAAGCCGAGCAACCUUGGAGAACAAAGUGGAAUAUUUUUGUACCCGAUGUUUACAGAUGCUGUUGGGAAGUUAUCAAUAAAGAGACUGUUACUAAAAAGGG